UCAUUCAUUCAUUUAUUACUGUCUUACUUAAAAUUGUUGUUUUGUUUUAAUGUUUGCAUUUUGGUGUAAGUGACAAAUCACUAGCCUAGUUCUGUUAUAUGGAUGGAUACACAGUUAAAUAAACUACUUCAAGAUGAAAGUGAAGAUGAUAUACUUGCUAGAAUCCAAGAAGAAAGUCUCAGAUAUUUUAAUGAGGUUGAACUUCCCAGAAGAGCAGCCGAGCAAAAGGAAAAAGAAAAGAAUGAGGUGAUUGUUCCCAAGCAGCCAGAUGUUUUCCAACCGCAACCUCAUUGUUCAAAACAGGAAGAUCAGUGUAAUGCGUCAUUCACACCUACACCAGCAACGGAUGUGUUCUACCAAGCUCCAGGUCAAGGUGCUGACGGGUUCCAUUUAGCGGCUGGCGAGACUUACGUCUACCCGACCAACUAUCCUGUGAGGCAGUACCAGAAAACCAUCAUCCAUUCGGCUCUCUUCCACAACACCCUCGUCAGUCUGCCAACUGGUCUAGGAAAGACGUUCAUCGCUGCCGUAGUCAUGUACAACUUCUACCGAUGGUUUCCGCAGGGCAAGAUUGUGUUUAUGGCCCCAACGAGGCCGCUGGUGGCUCAACAGAUACGAGCAUGCCAUGAUAUCAUGGCCAUUCCCAUAAAGGACACGAUAGAAAUGACUGGUGCCAUGCAUGCCACUGACCGUCUGCAGCAUUGGAAGUCCAAGAGAGUGUUUUUCUUGACUCCGCAAGUCAUGGCCAAUGACCUACGAACCAAAGCUUGCCCCCCUGCUUGUGGAGCAGCCUUUAAAUGUGUUGUUAUUGACGAAGCUCACCGAGCCACCAAGGAGUACUCUUAUUGCCAUGUCAUCAAAGAACUAGAGACAGCUGGUGCAAUCUUUCGAGUUGUAGCUUUAUCUGCUACCCCAGGAUCAAAUAUUAAAGCUGUGGUUGAAGUUGUACAGAAUCUGAGGAUCGCAAUGUUGGAGCUACGAGGGGAAGAUUCGACCGAUGUCACUCCAUACACACACGCUAAACAAGUUGAACCCAUCUCUCUCACUCUCUCUAAGAAUAUCAUAGAUUUCCGAGAGCAAUACUUACUUAUUUUUGAACGUUAUGCGAAAAGCUUGAGAGAAUCUCGUCUAAUAACGUGUAAUGUUUUGAACAUCACAAAGUUUCAGCUGUUGAAAGCAAGUGAGAAGAUGCGUUCACGGCCUCCUAAUGGGAUGAACAAAGCCAGGGUAGGAGCCAUGAUGUCUGACUUCACUGUCUGUAUGACACUGGCUCAUGGACUAGAGUUGAUACAGACCUACGGGCUGCGGGCCUUCUAUCAGUACUUCACUGCUGGUGAAGACGAGGAAAAUCGGAAAGCAACUUUUACAAGGUUAAGCAGCGACGGAGAUUUCCAGAUUUUUAUGAAUAACUUGCACAAGGCUGUCUCUGCCCCAAUGGAUCAGGUUUGGAGCCAUCCCAAACACGAACGCCUCGUGCAGAUUUUGAAGGAUCAUUUUUGUCAAGCGGAACAGCAAGGCACUGACACCAAAGUCAUUAUAUUUUGUCAGUACAGAGUAGUGGUCAGUGAGUUGUAUGAGCUGUUGCAGAAAACUCAUCCUCUCAUCAAACCAGUCAUGUUCAUCGGACAAGGAGUGGGGAAAGACAGGAGUGGCCUGCCUCAAAAGAAACAGAUAGAGGUGAUGAAGGGAUUUCGCCAGGGCAUCAGCAAUGUGCUUAUAGCCACUUGUGUAGCUGAGGAAGGACUGGACAUCGGCUCAGUGGAUCUUCUGGUGAUGAUGGAGUGUCAGCGGUCACCAGUCAGGCUGGUACAGAGGCUAGGUCGUACAGGACGACACAGGCAAGGGCGGUGUGUGGUGUUGCUGACUUGCGGCAAGGAGGUGCAGAAAUUUAAUGAAGCGAUGGCUACAAGAAAGUCUUUCAUUUCAAUGAUUGAAAAUUCAAAUGUGUUGAAAUCUAGUCUCGUUAGAGAAGAGCCACAAAUGGUACCUCCACACAUAAUGCCGAAAAUGCAAUUGGUCCACAUCAAGGUCCCUGAACGUAUAACGCCUGCUAAAAAGAAGAAGCAGGCUGACAUCCGUCAAGCACUCUUAAACAAGAUUAAUGAAUGUGAUGAAAAAGACCCUGAAGAAUCUCCUUUCCUAGAUCCAGACCAACUGGCUGAAGUGGAGAAAGAACUUGGUGUAACCCAAGUCAAGUUUGAUUCAGUCACUUUUAAAAAUCCGGAAUACCUUUUCAAAAGAAUCAAUGACGCACCAAUGCAACCUGAUGAACUGUUCAGCGCAACGUUCACUCGACAAUCGGAGUACAACGAUUGGAACAGAGUUCUGCACCAGACGUACCUCGUGUUGCACUCCUCCGACACGGAGACUCUGUGCCAUCUGCUACACAAGUCGGAGUCCAUGCUACUCAACAAUCACACAGAUCUCAACUCACAGCAGUUGAACUGCAGCAGUUUAAUCCCUCAGAAAAAGGAAGCGAAGAAAGGCAAAACCAAAACUGAUAAUGUAGCGAAGAAAAAGAAAACUGAGAGAGCAGAGAAGCUCGGAAGAGAUAUACGAGAGUGUAUGGCUCAAGCGGCUGACAAGGUGCGACUGACACAGGAUAAAAUAAGCAGAGAAAAUGAGUUUGUAAGCCAAGGAAACGCAGCAUCUGAUAUUGUUGAAACUUUCCCUGACCCUGUAGUUCUGGAAAUAUCAGAUACUAUGUCAGUAGAGGCUAUCAAAGAGAAGAAAAACACAAGCAAUCAGGAACUAAAAGAACUCAACUGUGUUUUCUGUGACAAAGCUGUGAAACUUUCAAGGAACUACUUGUUAGCAAAGAAGUCUUCAGUUGAUGACAAAUUAUUGUAUGUUAAUUUAAGAAAAAGUGAAUCAUUUGUUAAAAGUAAAAGUUUAUCAAAAGAAGCCAUCGAAAGCAUUAAUAUUGUUGAAAUGUUCAAGGAAGAAUCAAAUUUGGUAGAUAAAAUUAAGAAUAGUCUGCAACGACUUAGGAACAAAGUGAACAAAAUUGGUGAAAAGGCCUCCUCUUCUUUGAUUAGUGUGGAUGACAUUUUUGAUACUGAAGUCAACACUUCACCAAUAUUAGAUUCAAAUUUGGUUCAAAAUCGAAGACCAUCAGGUGACAAUAGACAUGAGGCAAAACCAGAUGUUGAAGAUGAGGAUUUUUUCAACCUAGAUGAUCUUUUUAAAGAGGACGAGGAUGUACAUUUUCAAUCUUUAACACAAAGUACAAAAACGUCAACUCCUAUUAAAGUAAAUGUCACCUUAUCUAAUGGAACAUUUAAUAAAAAUAGUAAUAACAUUUCUGUAUUUUCAAGGACAGAAAAAUCCCAGCAUGAUAGUGUUCAAAAGAAUUCCAUGAGUAACAAGAAUAACCUUCCAGUUGUAAAUUCUGAUCUUUUCUCCUCUCCUCUGAACUUGAAUCCUAGUCAAGGUAAACAAGUGUUCAAAAUUCCUCCGAUGAAGCUGAAAUCAGGACUAUUAUCAAGCCCACAGAGUGUAACUUGUGUUAACAACUUUUCUACUCCUGUGUCGCCAAUUCUAUCAAGCCAAAAAACUACAAACCAAAAUCAUACAAUCUCACCUAUUUUAUCCAGUCAAGUUCUUCCAAGUCACGACUCGCUUUUAUCACCAGUCUUGUCAGGACAGGUCAAUACAAAUAAUCACAACUUAUCACCAAUUUUGUCUAGACAAAUUACUUCUACGCCUAAGGUUGAAAGAAAAGUUUUGUUUAAAGACAAUUCUAGUAAAGCUGACACCGAAACGUCUGAAUUGUGCAAACCUCUGAAACCAGUUGGUAAAUAUUCAGAUGCAGACUUAGCAGAGAUAGAAGCUUUAAAUAUGUUUUCUGCUAGCCAGCUGUUUGAUGAUUCCAGUGAGGAAGAGAAAGAAGAGAAAGAAGAAAAUUUAGAUCAGUCGUCCAUGUACACAAUCAGCCAAAUGGUUGCCAAAGUUUCCUCUUUAGCAGAAAAAAUGAAAAACUCUGCAACAACUGUAGAAAUUAGUAAUCACAAUCAAAAACAAGCUACAGGCUCUUCAAACGCAGGUUUUGAUGACAGCGAUGAUGAUUUUAUAUUUGAUCAAAUCAAUUUAGAUAACUUCUCUUGUCAGAAUCUUUCCACCAAAGAACAGUUAAACAACAAAAGUAAAGAUGGUGAUUCCUUUAAAAUUACAAUGCGCAGUUCAAGUAAGCAAAAUUUGAGCGAUUCUUUAGCAAUUGAAAAGAAUGAAAUUGAAAAAAUAAAGCAGUUGAAAAAUACAAAUAUAUCACAAUGUCUAACCAAUAUGUCUACUAAAGAUGUGUUGAGCUCAAAACAGCCCGAGAAAGACUUUUCUCAGAAAAAUGACGAGUCGUUUAUUUCUUCAAGAUGGUUAACAUGUAUGAAAACUCCAUUGAAAACCAACCAGUCCAAAUCAAAAUCAGUCUCAUUUGCUUCCGAAACUAAACACUUUUCUUGUGAUUCAGAUUCUGAUAGUGAUGUGUUUGAAAGCUCAACAACUAAAAAUAAACCCAAAGUAACAAAUGUUAUGCCUAAACAGAGAAAAGGAAAAUCUGCAAAACUGGGAGCUAGAGCUCAAUUCCUGGAGUUGGAAGCAGACGUUAGCAUGACUGGAGGAGUGAGGUGCUCUAGUGAUGAAGAGAACACGAGUGGACUUGACGACUUAGAGGCGAGCUUCAUCAACGACAUGACAGAGGUUGUGAGCACGUCAGUUGAUCAGACAACCAUCGACAUUCAAGCCAAGUAUCUUGAAUCUGUCAAAAGUCCAAUGAAAAGACCCGGUUUCAAAAUACCGGCCAUGACUGAUUCCAUCUUGGAAAGAGAUGUUUAUUCACAAGCUGUUCCUGAAUAUGACGAUGAUUCAUAUGAAAAUGACUCUUUUUGCUGUGAUGCAAGCCAAAUCCCCAUUGAAGAUGAACCUUCUGAGCUCGAAAUAGCUGAAAGAUUGCUGAAGCAAAAGAGAAAGACAAAGAAAAGAAAACGAAAACCUCGAAAGUCCGAAUCAAGUAGUGAUGAUCCUAACAAGAGUAUUAGCAACGUACUGAAGAAGAAAAGACUCCUUUCAUCUAGUUCUAGCAGUGAGGAUGUUGCUUGGAGUUGUGAAAGAAAUAAGAAAAGGAAACAUGUUUCCUCUCCAGAGUCCAGUCCUAUAAAGGCACACCCCAAGAAAAGACAUAAGAAAAAAAGAAAGGUUCAGUUAUUGACGUCUUCAGAUAGUGACAGUGAUAAAACAAUAUUGUAGUUUAGUUUGUAAAUUGCAGCUGUAAAUAUGUUAUAUUUGUAUU